AGGUAAUUUAAGACAUUAAACUUGCUAAAAUGUUACUUUCUCGUGAUAGUGUGUGCAUGAAGUAGCUGCAAAGCUUACAUAAUAUUGAAAUAGUACUAAAUAACAUUUAUUGCGCCAUGGAAUCAUAGAAACGAUUGAAGCGAAGCUACUCUGACAUGAUUUAUAUAACUAAUAUUCUUGUUGUUUUAUCAUAUCUGCAUCAGCUACAUUGUCUGUGUUAUCUUAAUUAUAAGUUUUAAUAUCUCUCUCUCUCUCUCUCUCUCUCUCUCUGUUACCAUACAAGUCAUCAUGCUGCAAUAGACACUGCAGAUUGUGUACACGGUACACCCUACAUCACUGCCAGACGUAAGAGUAAGAGUUAAAAAAAUAAUAAUUAAGUAAUUUCCUCACUGUAAAAUAUAAAUUACCUAAAAUUACCGGUUGAUACUUUUUUUGAUACUUUUUUUCAGUCAUGUUGUACAUUUUUACAUUUUGAUCAUUUUUUAUGGUACGUUUUAGUUUUUUCCACUGGGAACACUGGGAGGGGGACAUCACCAAGGUCACUCCCACCAUAACAAAACAACACUGACACCACCACAAAAAACACUAUGGCACCCUUGUUAAGCCAUGUCACCACCUUAACACACUCCAACCACCAGCACUGACACAAUAGAAUAACUGAAACAACCUAAUAAUACCCUCCUAAAGCGGCCUUGCUCUCUACGGAUACAGGACGUGGUGGGGACAAGAACCUGACAUGUAGAAGACGUGUAUCGCCUCCUCGGUUCGCCCUUAUCUAAAUGCAGCUGUCCGUGUUAUCUUCAGCCACUACAAACACAUUAUCAAGCACUUUACAUCCCGCGGUGACUGAGAAGGGUCAUUUUUACUUACUGGUGUGACUGAGAAAGGACAUUGAGCGUGCUACUGCCUGGGAAAUAAGGUGAGGAUACUUGUUAGGUUAGGUUAGGUUAGAUAUCUUAGUCCGUGUUAUCUUCAGCCACUACAAACACAUUAUCGAGCACUUUACUUCCUACUGUGACUGAGAAGGGGUGUUUUUACUUCCUGGUGUGACUGAGAAAGGACAUUGAGCUUACUACUGCCUGCAAAAUAAGAAGUGAAAGUGUGACCACCACUCCGCAGUAAGGAACACAAACAUGGAGUGGCUGUGGAUACCAGCCGUGGCCUUGGUGUCAGUGUUCCUCUUAGUGCUGUGUUGUGUCUUCUUCAAGGACUACACCUGCUGCCCCUGCCGCCGCAAAAGACCUUUGACACCUGAUGAUGUUGAGGCUGCUCCCCCUCCUCCUGCUUACAACGUGCCCAGAUCCAGUGGGUAUAGGUCCCCACGCCCGAGUGCCCCACCGCCUCGGCCCCCUUCGCGAUUAUCUUCGAUUUCUUCAGUCCAUUCAAUUUCUUCAGAGAUUAGCCGAGAAGCUCCAUUUACCUUCAACUUCAGAGGGAUCGUAAGUGCAAAUGACGCGGUGAAAAUACAGAACGGCAUCCCAGAGCUGGACCUUCAUACGUUGAGGGUCUGGGAAGCUAGGCAGGUGACACAAAUGUUCCUGAAACAGUCGCGAGGUCGCCAUCGUCGUGUGCGAAUAAUAACGGGUCGUGGCCUGCACAGCGUUGGCGGCAUACCCAAGAUCAAGCCAGAGGUUGAAACGUUAUUGGGCAACACUGGCUACACAUUCAGGGAGAUGAACAAGGGAGGCUGUCUAGAAGUUAACCUCUAGUUGUGGUUUACUUUAGCUCCAGUUCUGUUGGCUGAAUUGAGGGAACAAGGUGUACAAGGGAGGCUGCUUUGAGGUUAACCUGUACCUAGUUAUUGAUGGGUUUCUUCACUCAUCAAGGAAAAUUUUUUGUCGCCUGUGGUCCUGUCGCUUAUUUCAGGCAACAAAGUGGAACAUAAGUGAAGUAAAGCAGCAGUUUGCGUGGCCAUAAGUACUGAGAGGUGACAAGGUGUCCAGGAAUCCCAUCAACAUUUUUCUUAUAGUAUUUCCUGCUGUCACUUCAUGAUGUUGAGCGUGGUCAACAGAAAGCGUUCACUGAAGAUUUACUUACGACUGUUAGGUUUAUGCCUCUUGAGUCUGUCUGCUCCUGACUUCCAUAUUAAGACAAACACAUUUCUAUAGAUUUAUACUCAAAGCAGCAUAAGUAGACAUGUCCAAAAUAUCAACUGCCGCAGAAUAUUGAGAGAGAGAAAAAAGAAAAUAUUAGAGGGACCACAGGCUCAUGACUUAAGCAAUUUGAAGUGCCUUACAAAUGAUUCCAACUUAACUUCAUUCCAUUAAGCAGCAUAAGUAGACAUGUCCAAAAUAUCAACUGCAGCAGAAUAUUGAGAGAGAGAAAAAAGAAAAUAUUAGAGGGACCACAGGCUCAGGACUUCAGCAAUUUGAAGUGCCUUACAAAUGAUUCCAACUUAACUUCAUUCCAUUAAGCAGCAUAAGUAGACAUGUCCAAAAUAUCAACUGCAGCAGAAUAUUGAGAGAGAGAGAGAAAAAAUAAAGAUCAGAGGGACCACAGGCUCAUGACUGAAGCAAUUUGAAGUGCCUUACAAAUGAUUCCAACUCAACUUCAUCCCAGUAUGUGCUUCCAGGAAACAAAGUGCCUUCUGGAUACAUGGUAGCUUAGCGUCUCCUGGGCGAUAACAGCUUCAAAGGUCCAUUUACGCCACUGGAAUCAUGCACAUUAUUGAUUCAGAAUUUUGAGAGAGAGUUUAUCCAUGAAGAGCUGUGUGUGUUUGCCAAUUUGUAUCCAUCGUUCCACUUAGUAUAAACAUUGGGAAAACUACUCUGGAAAAGAUUUGUCGAGGUUUAAAAGUGAACAACUUCCUAAAACAAGAGUGGUCAUCAUUUUAAUAUGGUUCUUGCAGUUAUUUUUUACAUUGCAUAAUUUUUACUUCUACUUCUGCUACUAUUUUUAAUUUUUUUUACUGGUACCACUUGGAAGGAUGUCUGUGAAUUAGCAAACACACACCCUAUCUAUUUUUAUAUGAUAAGACCAGUAUUGUGUACCAAGGGCUAGUAGGUGUAUGUAAGAUCCGUUGCCAGGUCAUGUAGUAACAGAUUUGGUGACAGUUUUCCUUAUCCUACGUGUAAGACAACGCCAGUAUUAUACGUAUUACUGAAAACUUGGCGCUGCGUUCAUUUGGAAGUUUUAUCUGCAUUCUUUUUUUAUGUGCAAUUUUUAUUCCAUGACAGACCCUUCAGCGCGUGUGGUGUUACUAUGUUAAGACAACCACUUGUUACUGUACAUUGCGGGGUAUAAGGCAGCCCUUCAACCUCAUAAUUAAAGGACAGAGUUUAGGGGUUGUCUUAAGUGCCAUAUAUAAAAUCCUAACCUCUACAUAUGAGGCGUAUAGUGUACAAGAGGCGACCUGCCGUUUUUAUACUUCUGAGCAAAUCAUGUUUUAACCCCUUGACUGCGGAUUUCCUACACGCAGACAUCACCAAGCUCCAGGAAUGGAACUAAAAGUGGUUGCUACAAUUCAAUGAAGAAAAAUGUAGUCAUGCACCUUGGGAGGGAAAAUCCAGCAUACCAAUACCACAUGGGAAACACUCCACUGUCCACCACAGAGGCAGAGAGAGACCUGGGAGUAUAUGUUACCAGGCUACCAGUGAAGGAAAAAUCCGUGCCAAUUGCAGCGGACAGGUUAAAACAACUGCCGGACUACACAUCCCAUGCCAGACAAGUUUGACAGAAAAAUCAAGCAACUUCAGGCAUACAAAUAACCCGUUCAGAGGGCACUUUUUCCUCAUCUUGCUUCACCACACGAUGCAGCAAGAAUUAGCCACCAGAUGCCGCCCAAAACCACCGUAUCGUCACCUUCGUAAACAAACCGGCCUGUCAUUAUUUUCUACUUCUCAGGAAAUCAGAAAAGAACUGUCAUCAUCUCAUUUGUCUUAAGAUUUAGGCAGAAGUGAAAAGGCCAAUUCUAGAACACUCAAACCCUGAAUGACGAAUGCAACUAUACAAAAAUGGGUGUCACAUGAUGGAAAAUCGAUGUAAACAAAAACCUGGAAAUCGCUGAAAAAUGACUUAGGGGAUUAUUUUAUGAGGGUGAUGAUAUACUGCCUUCAAUGGUUUGGUCGCCCCUUUCACACUAAACGCCUCGUAUAAUAGUGUACAGGACAGCAGAGUAAGGCAUGACAACUACCAUACCCAAGGUGGCUAUGGGCCCCAAAAUUAGUACACUGAUUAUUACUACAUUGAACAGUAUUACCUUUGUUAGCACCGUUUCUAGGAGGAGGCUGCUCAGUGUGUGUGUGUUGGAGGGGGAAGGUCAUGUUAUUUGUUGGUUACCACUUUAUCCAUGGCAAGGUUAGGUCGCUAGGGCUUGACCAAAAAAUCUUUAUAUUAUAUUUUUCCCAAUUUCUACAGAUUUAUGUGCUUCUUACAUUGUGUGUUGGUGGAACUUAAAAAUAAUGCUGUGUUUUUUUUCAGUUCAUUGUAACCUUAUGUUGCUCAUUAGAUCAAUGAAUUAGUUCAUUUUACUAAGGAUAAUUUAUUUUGAUGGAUAACUGUUAUUUUGUUGCAUUCAUCACAUAAUUUUACAUGAUAAUCAGUUAUGGGCACAAAAAGUUUAUUAUUUUACAGAGUUAUACAGCAAUAGAGUGAUACAUAGUUGUUAAGAAUGGACUGGCUUGGCAAACUCUUCCAUUGCACAUGUGUUGCAAAUGGACCAAGAGAGCCAAACAUAUAGUAACUUUAGCUUUGGUAGGAUAAUGUUUAAGUCCAUGCCAAUUAGGUUAAGAAAUCUUAAUGAAUAGGAGCAAUAUUACAAUCACAAUAAGAAUAUGAAUUAAUUCAUCAAUUUAUCAAAGUAAUAUUUACACCACAAAAGUAUAACAUUGCUGUGAUAACUAAUUAUUUUGUGUGCCUUAGGGAAGAAGGUCAACGAGGAGUAAAUGGUUAAUUUUGGGGGAUGGGAGGAGAAACUUAACAGACGUCCACAUGACAUAGCCAAUUCAGAAUACCUACUUGAAAUGCCAUUUCAGUAUAAAGAAAAGUGGUUGGUUCAGACCAGUGUGCCUACUACCAAUCUGCAAGCCUGGGUUCAAAUCAAUGUCUGGGGAAGGUAAACUGUGGGAAUCCUAAUGUUGCACUGGCCUUGUGUCCUGGAUUAAUGGGUUCCUCCUACCACAGAUUUAACCCAUAGACGGCGAUGGAAAUGUAUAUAGACGGUCCAAAAUUCAGUCAUUAAGUUUUGUAUGGCAGAAAUAUAACAACACUUCCAGAGCACAGUAGAAUCUAUAUAUAGACGAUAGUUAAAACAUCUCUUGUGUGGCGUAACUAUUUAUGCUAUGGUCCUGAGGUUGGCAGUGAGUAUAAACAGACCAUUCAUUUUGGGGGGAGCUACUCUUCAAAUACUGCCGCCGUCUAAGGGUUAAUGGCCAAUCUUAUGAUGAGCACACACGCCACGCACAGCUAAUACCGUAUGCUCCCAACUCACCUUGAUAACCAAAUGAAAUCACACACAGACUAAACUUGAACUUCCUAACAUAAAAAAAACAUAUCUACUCAUUUGGUCAACAUAAUGGCACCAGCUGAGUGCACAAAGUAAUGUUAGGGAAAGAUGGUACUGAUCACUGUCAUACCAGCAGUUGUUGAAGCACUGGCUUGGGGUGGAUGGCAUGAGCUAGUCAGUCAGGCGGAGAGAGAGAGAGAGAGAGAGGGGGGGGGACGUUCCGUACAUACUCGUGUAAAAGUAAAAUAUGUCACAAAUUUUUUUAAGGAUAAGUCUGAGGGGUCUACUUUUACAUUUUACUGCUUUACUUGAGAGUUUUAUUCAUUCAUCAGUUCAUUAUAAUCAUUGCCUUGGAGAGGUCAACUUUAACGGGAGAUUGACCUCUACUUGACCUAGGUUUAUGAGAUCCAUCUUUAUGUAUAUUACUUUUCUCGGAACUUCAAUUUAUAUUUUGCAAUCACACAUAUUACGUACUUAACCCGGUAGCAGUGAUGGGCCAAAUUUGUGGCUUUACUGUGUAGCAGCGACGGGCCAAAUUUGUGCCAUGAUAUAAACCCCCAAAAAUAGAUGAUACAUAAUCUGAUCACAAAUGCUUUGAUAUAUAGUAUUAUGAAAUGGUUUGUGUGAGGGGUGAUUUUUUUCUCAUUUUUCUCGCUUGGUGGGACCAUUAAGAAACAUGAUCCUCGCUGCUACCAGGUUAAAUUUAAUCCAAUCAAAAUUUUAAAACAACAAAUUUAUCCAGUCAAGUCCAGUCAUAGUCUUGGGGGGGUCGCCUUUUACACAAGUACUUGUGGCAGAAGGAGGAAUAAUUUCUAUAUCACAUGCCAAAGUUAUCUGUAAGAGAUGCCACGGCUGUUAGGAGCUACCUGAAAGAAUUAUAUGUAUUAUCGGUUUAUUAAUUAGGAAGGAAAUUAUUGUAGGUAAAUUGUAGUGAUGUUCUAUUGUUAAAAAAAAGACAAGUCAUUAUGUUAUCUCUGUUACAAGUUCCUGUUGUGUUAGUUCAGUUUAAUUAAUGUAAGUUUGGUACAUUGUCAGUUUGUUUUUUAUUUUUAUAUUUGCGAGGAUGUUUAAUGUUCAGUGAUUUAUAUUCCUGUUGUUGGUAUGCAUUUUUUGUACUAGUUUUUAGGGUGUAACUUUUAAACUCCUUUGUGUUAUUUUUUCGCUCUUGUCGGUUUAUUUUUGGUUUUAUUCAUGUUGUGUUCCCUUUUUUUUACAUUUGUUUUAUGCCAUCUUGAUUAUUUUUUAUAUUUUUUGUACUAUUUUUUGGGGUAUAACUCUUUUAUUCCUUUGUGUUUUUCUUUCCCUCUUAUCGGUGUAUUUUUGGCUUUAUUCUUCUUUUUGUGUUUUAAUUUUGUUAUGUUUGUUUUAUGCUGUCUUGAUUUUUUUUUUUUUUUUUUUUUUUUUUUUUUUUUUUUUAUACCUUUUUUUCAUUCCUUUGUGUUUUUCUUUCCCUCUUGUCAAUUUACUUUUUGUUUUUAUUCAUGUUGUUGUGUUCCAUUUCUUUAUUUACAUUUGUUUUAUGCCAUCUUGAUUAUUUUUUGUACUCUAUUUUGGGGUAUAACUUUUUAAUUCCUUUGUGUUUUUCUUUCCCUCUUAUUGGUGUAUCUAUGGUUAUAUUCUUGUUUUUGUUUUAAUUUUGUUACAUUUGUUUUUUGCCAUCUUGGUUAUUUUUCAUAUUUUUUGUACUAGUUUUAAGGGUAUAACCUUUUAAUUCCUUUGUGCUUUUCUUUCCCUCUUAUCAGUAUAUUUUUGGCUUUAUUCUUGUUUUUGUGUUUUAAUUUUGUUACAUUUGCUUUAUGCCGUCUUUUCAUAGGCUACUAGUUUUUAGGGUAUAACCUUUUAAUUCCUUUGUGCUUUUGUUUCCCUCUUAUUGGUGUAUUUUUGGUUAUAGUCUUGUUUUUGUGUUCCAUUUGUUUUAUGCCGCCUUGAUUUAUUUUUCAUAAAGUUUUGCAUGCCAGAAUUAUUUGUAGUUUAUUCAUAUUUUCAUUACUUUCAUUCCUCUUUCAUUGUAACUGUGGAUAGUCUUGCUUCUUCUACACUUUCCCUUGCCCCUUACUACUUAGGCACUUGAUUUUCUUUAUUGUAAGUGUGCAUGGCCUAUCAUCAUCUACACUUUCCCUUGCCCUUAUUAUACUUAGGCACUUUUUGUUUCUGUUGCCUCGUCACAUUCAAGCAGUGUCGAAAUUUGCAUCUUUUGUGUACCUGAGAAAAAAAAGUUCAAAUUUCUUAUCAUGAAUUCCCUUUUUUAUAUAUUUAGUUUUCUAUUUACUCGGAGUGUUGUAUUCCUGCAGUGUCACAAAUUUUCAUCUUUCAGGAACCUGCUGAGGCACUAUGUCACUAUUUUUAUUAUUAUUAUCAAUGAGAGACGGCAAGUUUGAGGUGUGCUGAUAGCAUUUUUAGCGUCGUUUUCCUACUAUACGGUUAUACAUUUAUAUCAAAGGACAGUGCAAGUUUUUAUGACGCAAUAUGUAUUAUGUUAAGUCCAAAACAUCCAUAAUAAAGCGUUGGAUUAAGCAAU